CUCGAGCCUUGCGGUCAUGUCGUCUUCGACUGCCUCCCUCCUGUUCAUCGUCGUGCUUCUGGUUGUGCAGAGCGUGUUCGUGGGUAGCCUCUUCCUGCCGUUCGGUGGCAUCGCGUCCGCGGCGAACGGCAUUAUCGGCUUCAAGGUCUCCGUGGCUGCUUCUUUGCUGUCCAUGCUUGGCAAGGGAUUCACCGGUACGUUCAACCUCAGAGCCGGCACGGCCUUCGCGGAUUCUUCGUCCGAAGAGCUCAACGGACGUAGUGGUCUUCUGGGCUACGACAUGACGACAACAACCGAGAGGACAGAAAUUAAGGUUCCUAUAUCUGCGCUCCAAGACGUACUCAACGUGGACGAGGAGCAGAAGCACCAGACAGACCUGCUAUUCACCUUCCUGAAGGGGAUCGACGACCGGGGAUGUGUCUCGCGCAUGGUUUGCGAGAGCGUUGCCGACGCAAUACGCCUCGGCAAAGUGGGUAACGCGACUAAGAAUUUCUUCGACACCAACGUUGGUGUCGAAACUGGAGAUGUCUCGGUGUUUGUCGCCGCCGCCAAGACUGGCCGAUCGCGGGGCCUCGCCGGAUGUGCGCAGGCCUUCCCAGAGUGCACCGCCAACCUCCCUCACAUCCUCACCGCUGCCCGGUUGAUGUAAACCCCGAUUCCCGAGAAUAAAUGUUUUU